CACUGGAACUGUUUGUCAUUGCGGGGUGUGUUCGUUCUGUGGUUUUGUUUAAUUUAGUUCAAAUUUAAGUUUAAAAGUUAGUUUUGAGUUCAUUUUGUUGUUAAAUAUAAUGAGUUUGGUUUGCCGCCUAUCGUGAAACAACUGAUUUCUGUAUAGAGCCAAGCAGGCAACACUCUAUGAUGUGGCACCUGCAAGCUGUUCUGCUGACAGCAGCAGCAGUCGUCCUGGUAGCGGGUCAAAGCGACACCUACUACAACCAGCAGCCACAGCAGCCACAACUGCCCAGCAAUCAGCAGCCGCAACUGCCCAACAAUCAGCCACAGUGGGGUGGCAACACAGGGGACUACAAUAGUCCAGGAUACCCAGGCUCCCCAGGACUAACACCCAAUCAGUAUGGCAACAAUGUGAAUCCCCCUUUGACGAAUCCUCCCUAUCGAAGCGAUGCAGGAGGCAGCUACAAUGAUCUGACAAACCAAAAUGAUUACAGCAAGCGACUGGGUGGUGGCUCCGGCUAUCUUGACAGCGAGGAGCCCAGCCUGACGCGUGGCAAAUCCUCGUACAAUGUGAAAGCCACCUUCCUGGAGUCGCUGCACUCGCGAGAGCCCACCUACUUUAUAGUGGCCUCGCGCAUGGUGCGCCCUGGCCUGAUCUACCAAGUGUCAGUGUCGAUAUUGCAGGCCCAAUAUCCCAUCACAGUGCAUGCGAGUAUCUCCUGUGAUGGCGUACAGAUCAGUGGAGAUUCCAAGGAUGUGAAGGAGGGCGUGCCCGAAACACUGCUCAUGCGGAUACCCCCAACCAGUGUGACGGGAAACUAUCGACUGCGAGUGGAGGGCUUCUAUCAGAAUGUGUUCGGUGGCUUGGCAUUCCUCAAUGACACACGCUUGGACUUCUCCCAGCGCUCGAUGACGAUCUUUGUGCAGACGGACAAGCCACUGUAUAUGCAGGGAGAGACAAUACGCUUCAGGACUAUUCCGAUUACAACCGAACUGAAGGGCUUCGAUAAUCCUGUGGAUGUGUAUAUGCUGGAUCCGAAUAGGCACAUACUAAAGCGUUGGCUAUCGCGCCAAUCGAAUCUGGGUUCUGUUUCGCUGGAGUACAAGCUGUCGGAUCAGCCCACAUUUGGAGAGUGGACCAUUAGGGUGAUCGCACAGGGCCAGCAGGAGGAGAGUCAUUUUACUGUCGAGGAGUACUAUCAAACCCGCUUUGAGGUGAAUGUGACGAUGCCCGCGUAUUUCUUUACCACCGAUCCCUACAUUUAUGGCCGUGUGAUGGCAAAUUUCACCAGUGGCCUGCCCGUGCGUGGCAAUCUCACGCUUAAGGCCACCAUACGACCAAUUGGCUACUUUAGCAAUCAAGUCUUGAACGAAAAGUUCCGCCUGGGCCGCAGUCCCUUGGAGCAGGCGAAUCGCUAUAAUGAACGCUGGCGCUACAACAAUGUCAAUCAGAAUCCACAGGUGCAGUACAAUGUGCCACAGAUAUCGCAGGAUGGCGCAGAUCUCGGACAGGACAUACUCUACCGAAAUCAAUAUGUGGUCGAGCGACACUAUCAGUUUGAAGAGGAAUGGCCAUUUUGGGUGAAGAAGCCCGAGUACCAAGAGUCGUACGACUCCUGGACGAGCACUUAUCGUAAAGUGUUGCCUUUUCUGCGUUAUUUUAAUGGCACCUUUGACUUCAAAUGGCCGCUGCGUGAGCUGGAGCUGCUUGUGCCGAAUCUCUCACAAAUGGAGAUCCUAAUAACCGCCACCGUGGGUGAGAAAUUCUACGAUGAGAUCAUCAGCGGCUACUCCGUGGCGCGUGUCUACAACUCGAGUCUGCGUGUGGCCUUCCUGGGCGAGUCGCCGCAAGUCUUUAAGCCUGCCAUGCCCUUUACCACAUAUUUGGCUGUGGAAUAUCAUGAUGGUUCGGCCAUUGAUCCUUUGCUCCUGCGACAGGGCUUGAUGGAGGUCACGGGCUUUGUGGAGAGUCGCAGCGGUGGACGCCGCGACUGGCCCGCCCAGCGGCUGGCCAUGUCACAGCAAAGCGAUGGCGUCUGGGAGGUCAAAGUGGACAUACGCAACGAUUUGAAUCUGGAUGAUCGGCCACAGAGCAGGGACUUCCUCAAUGGCAUACAGAACAUGCGCCUGCAGGCGGUGUUUAUCGAUCCUCGUGGCGAUCGUGUGCAGACAGAGCUGCUGCUAGUGUCCCACUAUUCACCGAGGAAUCAGCACAUAAAGAUCACAACCAGCACAGAGGCCCCCGUGGUGGGCGAGUACAUAAUAUUCCACAUCAGGACCAACUUUUAUCUGGAAGAGUUCAAUUACUUGAUCAUGUCCAAGGGUGUGAUCAUUGUCAACGAUCGCGAGACCAUCACGGAGGGCAUCAAGACCAUUGCCGUGGUGCUGAGUGCCGAAAUGGCGCCCAUGGCCACGAUGGUCGUGUGGAAGAUCACACCGCAGGGACAGGUGGUGGCGGAUUCGCUUACCUUCCCCGUCAAUGGCAUUUCCAGGAAUAAUUUCACCGUGUACAUCAAUAAUCGCAAAGCCCGAACUGGAGAGAAGGUGGAGGUGGCCAUAUUUGGUGAGCCCGGCUCCUAUGUGGGCCUCUCGGGCAUUGACAGCGCCUUCUACACCAUGCAGGCGGGCAAUGAGCUGACCUACGCCAAGAUUAUCACCAAAAUGUCCAACUUUGAUGAGCAAACAAAUGGCACAUACAAACACAUUUGGUACUCGCAUGAGGGCAAUCCCGAUGAGCUGGUUUACUUCCCUGCGUCGUCCUUCGGCAUAGAUGCCAAUCGCACGUUCGAGUACAGUGGAUUGAUUGUCUUCACGGAUGGCUAUGUGCCGCGACGCCAGGACACUUGCAAUCGUACCCUGGGCUAUGGCGAGUGCCUGAGUGGACGCUGCUACCGGCUGGAGAAGCAAUGCGACGGGCUGUUUGACUGUGACGAUGGCACAGACGAGAUUGGCUGCCACACCAGGAAUGACACGGAGUUGCUCAACUAUCGCAAAUAUCGUUUCAAUCGCGUGCUGCGCCACUACGAGAAUGUGUGGCUGUGGCGGGAUGUCAACAUUGGGCCACAUGGUCGCUACAUCUUCAAUGUGGAAGUGCCCGAUCGUCCGGCCUACUGGAUGGUGAGUGCGUUCAGUGUGAGCCCCUCCAAGGGCUUCGGGAUGCUCAACAAGGCCCUCGAGUAUGUGGGCGUGCAGCCGUUCUUCAUCAAUGUGGAAAUGCCAGAGACCUGCAGGCAGGGCGAGCAAGUGGGCGUGCGCGUGACCGUUUUCAACUAUAUGACCACGCCCAUUGAGGCUACGGUGGUGCUGCACGGCAGUCCGGACUAUAAGUUCGUGCACGUCGAAGAGGAUGGCAUUGUGCGGUCGUAUAACCCACGCAUAAGCGGCGGCGAGCAUCAAUUCUUCAUUUACUUGGAUGCCCAAGGCACGACAGUGGUGUAUGUGCCAGUGGUGCCACAGCGACUGGGAGAUGUGGAUGUCACACUGCAUGUGGCCACCCUGCUGGGCACGGACACCAUCACGAGGCGGCUGCAUGUCGAGUCCGAUGGCCUGCCACAGUAUCGCCAUCAGUCGGUGCUGCUGGAUCUCUCGAAUCGUGCCUAUGUGCUGGAGUAUAUGCAUGUGAACGUGACACAGACACCAGAGAUACCCUACCAGGUGGAUCGUUACUUUGUCUACGGUUCGAAUCGCGCUCGAAUCUCUGUGGUGGGUGAUGUGGUGGGUCCCAUCUUUCCCACAAUGCCCGUGAAUGCCAGCUCCUUGCUGUACCUGCCCAUGGAGUCGGCCGAACAGAAUGCUUUCAGCUUUGCCGCCAAUCUGUACACGAUUAUGUACAUGCGACUGAUCAAUCAGAGGAACAAAACGCUGGAGAAGAAUGCCUUCUAUCACAUGAACAUUGGCUAUCAGCGGCAGUUGAGUUUCAUGCGGCAGGAUGGCAGCUUUUCGCUCUUCCGUUCGGACUGGAACAACUCGGACUCGUCGGUGUGGCUGACCAGCUAUUGCCUGCGCAUCUUCCAGGAGGCCAGCUUCUACGAGUGGGAGAACUUUAUCUGGAUCGAUGCCACGAUCAUUGAGAAGAAUAUGCGCUGGCUGCUGCAGCAUCAGACGCCAGAGGGUGCCUUCUAUGAGGUUACCUGGAUGCCGGAUCGUAAAAUCAAUCGCACGAAUUUCGCCAGCUAUACGCAUUUGAGGAAUCGUAAUAUUACGCUGACAUCGCAUGUUCUCAUCACCUUGGCCACUGUCAAAGAUCUGUCCGGGACUCUGGGCUCACGUGUGGCCUUGGCCACGCAGCGUGCUGUGGCCUGGAUUGAGCGAAACAUGCAAUUCCUGCAGGAGACACCCGAACCGUAUGAUGUGGCCAUCACAGCGUAUGCUCUGCAGUUGUGUAAUUCACCCAUUGCCGAGCAUGUCUUUGGCAUAUUGCGCAAGCAUGCCAGAACCAUAGGAGAAUUUAUGUAUUGGGGAAAUCGAGAGAUACCCCAGCCGCCGCGCAAGCUGGAAAAUCAAAAAUGGUUCUCACUGCCACGACUGCCAUACGAAUAUGAUUCAUUGAAUAUCGAAACGACUGCUUAUGCUCUGUUGGUGUAUGUGGCACGUCGCGAGUUCUUUGUGGAUCCCAUUGUGCGUUGGUUGAACUCGCAGCGAUUGAAUGAUGGUGGCUGGGAUUCGACACAAGAUACAAGUGCUGCCCUAAAAGCGCUGGUGGAGUACACAGUGAGGUCCAGGAUUCGCGAAGUCUCCUCGCUUAGUGUGGAAAUAGAGGCCUCGUCGACGGGUGGCAAGACACAAACGCUGCACAUUGAUGACACCAAUCUGGCGCGUCUACAGAGCAUCGAGAUACCUGAUGCCUGGGGCACCAUUAAAGUACAAGCCAAGGGCGCUGGCUAUGCCAUCCUGCAGAUGCAUGUCCAAUAUAAUGUGGAUAUAGAAAAGUUCCAGACCAAACCGCCAGUGCCUGCAUUUGGGCUGCACACCAAGGCCAUUUUCCAUGGCAGGAAUCAGUCGCAUAUUUCAUAUGUGGCAUGCCAAAACUGGAUAAAUACUGAAGAAUCAGAGCGAUCGGGCAUGGCUAUAUUGGAUGUGGCCAUACCCACUGGCUAUUGGAUACAGCAACAGAAACUCGACAGCUAUGUACUGAGCAAUCGUGUGAGGAAUCUGAGACGUGCACGCUAUCUAGAUCGCAAGAUUAUCUUCUAUUUUGAUUUUCUGGAUCAGGAGGAUAUUUGUGUAAACUUCACCAUAGAACGCUGGUAUCCAGUGGCCAAUAUGUCGCGUUAUUUGCCUGUUCGCGUUUACGACUACUAUGCACCAGAACGCUUCAAUGAAUCAAUUUUCGAUGCUUUGCCCACCUAUUUGCUGAAUAUAUGCGAGGUAUGCGGCAGCUCUCAAUGCCCAUACUGUUCUAUCUACAACAUGGGCUGGCGUGCCUCCAUGUCUGUGUCGCUGCUGUUCUUCAGCGUCUUUAUCUAUCUGCUGAGAAGUCGCACGCAUUUGGUACUGAACAUGAUGCAUUUGCUCACAUAGAGAAAUCCAUUGAGAACAAUCCCCACUGCACAAUUCAAUUAUCCCCACAAAAUGCAUUGCUAAAAGAAUUAGUUUUUAUUUUUAUUUUUUUGCCAAACGAAAUUGCAUUCCGUCCCAAAAAUGCUGGUCAACAUUUUUGUUUUUAUUUGUUUAAAUAUUUUUUGUUUUUGUUUGCUUGACCCUGACCGCUGUAGAAUCGAAUGAAUGUACAAAAGCAGUCCAAGCCACAGAGUUGAUUCAUGAAUUAAUUUUGUAACUUUAUGUUUAAACGCUGAACAAAGAGAAGAUUUUUUACAAAACCAGACACAGAACCUCCCCUAAACCCACAUCUAAAAUGUAGCCACCUAAAACCUAAAAAAAGAAAACGUAUUUUAUAAGCUAUAUUCGAACCAUCCAUGAAAUGAACAACCAUUAUCAAUGCCUUACCACAGAGCGGGCUCCAAGUGCCGCUGGAAGAACGGAAAGAGAAGCGUUCGAAUAUUUUGUAAGUGUCUUUUCACAAAAUGAUGCCUUUAAUAGAUUUUAGAAAUCGUGUUAGCAAAAUGUAACGAGACAGAAAUGUUUUUGCAUGCAUAUCGAAUUGAAAUUGAAACCUAUCUAUAUAGUAUAAAAUAAUGUAUAAUCCUUACGUCUUACUUUUCGAAUUAAUUUUAAAACGAAAGCGUAUCGGAGUCGCACGUUGAAGGAACCGUAACCGUAACCGUCCAAUUUUAUUUAUGCAACUUAUGAAUCUGCAUAGUUUGUAAGUUUUAUACGUACUUUUUCCCCCACUCCACAAAUAGUUUGUAUUGUAAUCGCUCUUGACAACAUAGCCAUGUAAACGGAAUGAGAAUAUAUCUAUGCUCGUUCGUGUGUAAAGUCCGUCCCUACUUCCUCCUUUACAAAUAAGAAACGAAGAACCGAAUCUCUCCAUGAAAUACAUAAUUUUGUGUGUUUUCUUUGUAAUGAAAGAAAUGUGAAAAAUAAACGAAAGUAAU